UAACCUAGUCCUUGCUGGGUUUUGUUGAAGUCCCCUGCUCACGUGGCACGGACAAAAUCCUCAAAUUAAACCCGGAAAUACCCAAACCACCCCGGAAGGCGCUUCUCAGUUUGUUGACUUUGUUCACACUCCCAUCUGAUGCCUGUCCGUCUUUUCCCACGGCCCAUUCCUCCACCACGCGCAUACUUCACUUCACUUCACUUCACUUCACACCGUUAACUCCCAGCUCCUUUUCCUUUACCCAGAAAACCAGCGAUCGAACUGUACAUUGUACAUGGUAGAUCCCGUCUGAUCCACGCCACGUCAGCUCCCUGCGGCAGAACACCCCACGUGGCAGCAUCAUACGGUGGCGGUAAGCCUCUACACAGCAACCAGUUUUGGAGGGAAACCUGAGCGGAAGGGGUUAAAAAUAAUUUAUUAAAAAAGAAGAAAAUACACAGAAAUCAAAUUACAAAGGAAAAAUAUGAUUCCAAUUUCCAGCAGAGAGGCUCUGGGUCUGGGGCAGGCAGGCUCUCUCUCCCCUUUCGUUUGUCCAACUUUUCUCUCCUUUUUCUCUUCAGUGCUCUGUGUAAUUAAUUGAUUGCGAGGACCAUUUAUAAAGAAAACAGAAAACCGGCAAUCUCUUCUUCUUCUUCGCCCGGCGCUCUUCUCCUCUUCUUCCUCCUCCUCCGCCACCGCCGAUCUUUCUGCCGGGAAAUUGCGGCAUCCUAAGCGGGUCAUGCAUGGCGCGCUGCGCCACUCUCGCUUGACGGACUCCCUGGCGGCGUAGUGCAGAAGGAUAAACUAUAUAUUUUUUUUGUCUUCGUCGUUUCUUAGGGAUCAGAUCUAAUAGUUGUCGCCUCGGUUUGCUCAGAUUUGUUUCGUUGUGCUGAAUUGGGUGAUGGUUUUGAGGAGAAUUUAGGGUAAUUCUUUUUGUAGGGUUUUUCGGGUUGGAGCAUUCUUCGCUGGGGGCGGGAAUGGAGAAAGGGAGGAGAUCUGGCGAGCCGUCGGGGUACGUGGUCAAGAGCAAGGGGCCUUCUGGGUGUUUGAUUGUGAGGAAGAAAGGGAGUGAUGGCGUGGGAGCGUCGGCCUCUUCUGGCUCGCGGAAGCCUUUUGAAUCGAAGAAGAAGGAGAAGAAGAAGAGGCCGAGGUUGGAUUUCAGCGAUGCCGGGUCCAGUGACGAGCUGUUAAUGCGUUCACGGGCAAGGUUAGCGCCUGGAACUUCUCGGAUUCGUAAUGGCGUGAGUGAUUUUGAUGCGGGUGUUGAAGAGGAGAGUGGGAUUGCUAGGAAGAGGAGCAGGGGAGAGGGUGGUAGGCGUAGUGAGAUGGAUGGCAUUGUUAGGGAUAGGGAUAAUUUGAUUGACCGGGCGAGGACCAGGUUAGAUGUGUUUGAUUUUGAUGAGGAUGAAGGUAGUGAGGCGGGAUCGAUGAGAAGGAAGCGCCCUGAAGAAGGUGGAGCUGAUAGUCGGAGGUUUUAUGGCUCAAUGACUGUGGGUAGAGGUAGCAUUGAAAGAGAAUACAAUUCUGGUUCAAGUAGAGAUGCUCUUCCUGGGAAUAGGCAGGCUUCAUAUUUCGAGAGGGCCAGUGGUUUGACUCGUGGUGAUCGUUCUGCCAGGGAGGGGGUUCGACUGCCGGCUCCAGCUCCGAGGGAUGACUUUGAAUCAGAUCAACCAAUUCGGGUUCAAGGUAAAAAUGGUGUUCUAAAGGUUAUGGUAAACAAGAAAAAAAAGGUUGGUGGGUCUCUCAAUGGUUACAAUGCCAUGGAGCCUGAGGAAGUAAGGAAGGGUGUGAGGACAGAUGAAUUUUCCAAGAAGAACAUUCUUAAGCGCCCAACUCCAUUCAUAGGCAGAGAGAAGAAACCGAUGAAUCUUCUGAAUUCGAUGAAAAGUGAAGAUGAUAAUGCGAGUGACCAGGAUUCUGGUGAUAGUGGUAUUUUGUUGACAAAGAAAGCAAAUAUGAGAGCCAAGUAUGCAGAACCUAGCAAUUCUCAGAAGGUGAUGAUCUCUGCAAGGAAAAUUGCGAGCACUGGUAUUAAUUCUGAUGACAGUGAUACUUCCUUGAAGCCGAGACCAAAGAACGGCCGGGGUCUUAGAUCAAGAACGGGGACAAGUUAUGGAGAUGAGAAGACUACGCCUAGUAACCUUCUUCCAAGCAAAAUUAAUGAAGGCAAACUUAAGCGUGGUUCUGGCACUGAAAAACAAAAGCUGCGGGAAAGAAUUAGGGGGAUGCUUAUAGAUGCUGGCUGGACAAUAGAUUACAGGCCUAGGAGGAAUAGGGACUAUUUGGAUGCGGUUUACAUAAACCCUUCAGGAACAGCAUACUGGUCCAUCAUCAAGGCAUAUGACGCUCUUCUAAAGCAGUUGAAUGAAGAUGAAGAGGUUGUAAAGGCUAAGGUGGAAUGCUCUCAAAUUACACCAUUACCAGAUGAGCUGCUCAGCCAACUUACAAGGAAUACUAGGAAGAAGAUGGAGAAGGAAAUGAGAAAGAAACAACGAGACAGCCGCCAGAGUGACAAUGCAAGGGAAGCAGUAGGGCGAAAGGCAUCAAGCAGCCGGUAUGAUGAGGAGAGUAUGGACAGCCAGAGUCAGGAUGAGAAAUUGAGCUCAUUCAUAACCUCCAAGGGCCACCGUUUGAUGCAUACUUUGCACGACAACGACGAAAAAUUAUCCUCUGGAUACAAUAGUCACCAUGGUAGGAAGAGCAGAAAACUAGGCAGAUGCACCCUACUAAUACGAAGAUCAAACCAGGGUUUGAACUCAGAUGGUAAUGGUUUUGUACCUUAUAGUGGAAAAAGAACACUGCUCUCUUGGCUAGUUGACUCUGGAGCUGUGCAGUUGAGUCAAAAGGUGAGAUACAUGAAUAGGAGGCGAACAAAAAUUUUGCUGGAGGGCUGGGUAACACGAGAUGGAAUCCAUUGUGGCUGCUGUAGUAAAAUCCUUACAGUUUCAAAAUUUGAGAUCCAUGCAGGAAGUAAACUCCGACAACCCUUUCAAAAUAUAUAUCUGGACUCUGGGGUUUCCCUUUUGGAUUGCCAGAUUGAUGCAUGGAAUAGACUAGAGGCUGCUGAGAAUAUUGGGUUUCACUCGGUAGAUGUUGAUGGUGAUGAUCCGAAUGAUGAUACUUGUGCUCUUUGUGGUGAUGGUGGGGAUUUGAUAUGCUGCGAUGGUUGUCCAUCGACAUUUCAUCAGAGCUGCCUGGACAUUGAGAUGCUGCCUACAGGUGAUUGGCAUUGCCCAAACUGUACUUGCAAGUUCUGUGGUUCAGCCAGUGACAAUCUUACGGAUGAUGAUGAUCCAACUGUUUCGGCACUUCUGACGUGCAGCCUAUGUUCUAGAAAAUAUCAUGAAUCCUGCAUGAAUGAUAUGGAUGCUGCCACUAUUGAGGGUGAUAGUUCUAAAUCUUGCUUCUGUAGCAAAAAGUGCGGAGAGCUCUUUGAGCAAUUGGGGAAGUAUCUUGGCGUCAAACAGGAGCUGGAAUCAGGAUUUUCAUGGUCUCUUAUUCGGAGAACAGACUUUGACCUGGAUACAUCUCUUCAGGGACUUCCUCAUAGGGUGGAGGGGAAUUCAAAGCUAGCUGUGGCUUUGUCUGUAAUGGAUGAAUGCUUUUUGCCAAUAAUUGAUAGGAGGAGCGGGAUCAACUUGAUCCAUGGUGUUCUUUAUAAUUGUGGGUCAAACUUCAAUCGACUCAACUACAGUGGGUUCUUUACCUUGAUUUUGGAGAGGGGUGAUGAAAUAAUUUCUGCUGCGUCCAUAAGGCUGGAUCACCAGUCUCUUUCCAAAGACGCCAUGCUACUAGGCGAUCUGCGUUGCGAAAAAGGCGCUUUUGGUUGCGCUGCAGAAUCUCCUCGUUACGCUGCAAGCGGUCACCGAUUGAGACUCUCGUCGAGUUCGGUUCGUCGGAGGGUUCUUGCAUCGGCCGUCGGUUCGUCGGAGGGUUCUUGCAUCGGCCGGCAGCCCCCGACGUGUCCUCCAACAGCGAGGUCGGCAGCACGAUUGCAUGGGACAGAAUUGGCAGAAAUGCCCUUCAUUGGAACUCGCCACAUAUACAGACGUCAGGGAAUGUGCAGACGUCUUUUUAGUGCUGUUGAAUCGGUACUCCGCUCAUUGAAGGUUGAGAAGCUAAUUAUUCCUGCCAUUGCUGAACUAAUGCACACAUGGACGGAGGUGUUCGGGUUUACUAGCCUUGAUGAAUCCCUUAAGCAAGAACUGAAGUCUAUGAAUACGAUGGUGUUCCCUGGUGUGGAUAUGCUUCAGAAGCACUUACUUCAGCAGGAGAAUGGGGAGAAAAUGAACACUAAUAAAGGUGUGAAAGAGAAGGGACCCCAAGGUGAUAAAUGUAUGGACAAUGGUUCAGCUGAUAGUGGUUCAGCUGGAGAUUAUCUUCGAGAAAGCGACAGUGGUGGUCUUGAACAUAAUAACAGUGAAGCAAAAGUUGGAGAAUCGGCUAGGGUAAAAUCUGGCACAUCAAGUCCAGUUGCUUCUGCAAAUUCUUCAAAGAUUUCCUUGGAUGCAUCCCACGAGAUUAAGCAGAGCGUCAGCUCAGAUUCAGGGCUAGUAGACAAGAAGCUGGAUAAAUCCAGAAUGUCCAACGUGAAAUCAGCCUCUGGGGAUAAUGAUGAUAUCUCUGAUCAUACUCAUCCCGAUAACCAGUUUCUUCUUCCCAUUUCCUCGAACAAUGUUUCUGGAAUGAGCAGUUCACCAGAUGCUUCUCGUGAAAAUAAACCAGUAAAUGGCGAGGCAGUAGAUGAAUCGGCGUCUGUUGCUAACCAUUUGAGGAUGCCUACUGUUAUGAGCAGUCAGAGAGAAGUAGAGGUGGCACGUGACUUGGGGGAUAAUGGAACUGUUGAGGCCCAAACAUUCAAUCGAUUAAGCGAGUCUACAUCAGAGGAGGAACAUAGAGGUUCAUUCUCUACUGAACAAACUAAAUUGCCUGGUGGUCUCCGGAAAGACUCCGAGCCAACCAAUACCGAUGCUCCCGCGGAGGAAUAUCAUCAAUUGGGGUCAGGCCUUGAACCAGCAAACCAUGCAGCAGCAAGUUAUGAGCAUGGUUUUGGUUCCGAGACUGAUGCGAGUGAAGGCAAAACUGAAUCUGAGUAGGUGCUGCACUCCUUGUUCACUUACACUACUCUGACGAUGAGGGUAAGCAUUAUGGGGCACCUAGUUUGGUGUGUGAUCUCGAGGAGAUCGAUGCGUUGUUCUCUGUGCACAGGGGCUGCUGGGAUGCCCGCAGGUAUGCUCGACGAUCUUGUUACAUGCUUUAGUUCUGGUCCUUCCGAGAAGAGUGCGAUUGAUCAAUAUCACUGCUUGAAGUGAAGGGAGCGAGGAUUAGGCUGCCAGCCGUUGUUGUAUGUUGAGUGGGAUGUCGAGAGUAAGAGCUAUGUCGUGUGCAUUCACCCGUAGAACGUGUAUAUAAGUUUGGUAAUGAGCGGCGGGGUUCCAGAUUUUGGAGCUUUGAUUCCUUCCAAGCCCUCCAUGUAACAGAAAGAAGAGGAACGAUUCGAUUCUUACGUAGCAGACGCUCCCUCGGGUUCUCCUGUUUUUUAUUAUCCCAUCACGGGAAGAUACUGGUUUCUGGAUACCAAUUUUUCCAUGUGUGCAAGUAAGGAACUGAGAUGGAAAUUGUUCCUUCAAUCCACGCUUUCUAUUUCAAUUCAGUGCUUCUUUAUCGAAUCAAAUCCUUUUUCUAUGUACAUUCUCACAAAAACUCCUCAGCGGUCUUCAAAUCAUCCAGUAUCUCAGACUUCACAGAUUCCGGAAGGGUUGCGGAUGGCCCUGCUUUCGAGUAGAAGCUCGCCAGUGCUCUUAUCGCCUUCUCUAUCUCCACGUACGAUUCCUCGCCGGCGAUCUUCUCUUGGCCCCUCCAGUUGCCCAAAUACUCUCUAAUGGAUUCCUUGGCUGCGUCGGCGUUCCGCCUGAACUUGGCAUUGUCCUUGGGAUCCUCCUGCAGCGACUCUCGCAGCGUCUUCACCACCUCUCUCGCCGACUUCAGGUACGCUUUUGGAAGCAGUUUCCCGGAUUUCGUCUUCUCGUUUGGAUCCAGAAGCGAUUUGAUCGCGCCGACCACGCCCUCCUCCUCUUCGUCUUUUACCGAUUGUCCGCCUUCGGCUCUGGCAGGCAAUGGCGUCGGCAUCCAGCUGGGAGACAUAAUGGAUAGUGUCGACAUCGCACCAGAGAGCAAGACUCGCCGACGAGUCUCGGCGGCAACUUGAUUCUGUUGCAGCUGCUUAUAGGAACAAUCAGUUGGUGCUUUAACAGAGACGGAAAGGCAUGGAUUAACUACAGAACUCGCGACGGUCGGCAACAUUGUUCUGCCGUCGAUUUCAGUUCGGCAACUUGCUCCAAUGGCGCACUUCAGGUCGGAUAUCUCAGCUUACGUCAUUUUCUUUCUCUUAGACUGCUGCUUCUCCGGUUCUUCUUCCUCUACAUUCACUUCUCAGUUCUCAUUCUCCGCCGACGGAUGAAGCUUCGAAUCUAUCCGAAUGGAAAUGGACACAGCUGUUAUUUUGAGGAUUCGUGAAGGUUAAGUUAGUCAUUUGGAUCAAGCCUCCGACGUCGUUCUGGUAUCUUUCUCUCUCUCUCUCCCUCUUAUAUCCCCGCCGGCAAACGUCAGUCUCCGGUUCUAUGACUCGCCUUUCCGUUGAAAAUAGGAGACGAGAUCUCUCUAUCUCGCUCCUCUUUCCUCUGUUGCUAGAAUUCAGACGCCGGUGAAUUUCGAUUCCAGCAAUCGGCGGCAGUCCCCGGCGCUGCAGGAAUCCUCUGCUGUUUCCCGGAUAUGACUAACAACUCCCAGCAAAAUUCUUCAUCCUUGAAGCCUUCCUCCUCCGCUUCCGCAUCGCAGAGGAAAUCUCGCUGGGAGUCUUCCUCCUCCGCCGCUGCUAACGCCAAUAAUCCACCGUCGGGAUCGAAAUCGAACCAGCCAAAACCCGCUAAACCUCAUCCCAAUUCAAAACCUUCGCCGAAGCUGAAGACAGGGCCAUCUCCCAAGCCUGCCGCUCCUCUUGCUCGGCCACCAGGUGCAGCCUUCCCUUUCCCCGACUUUGGCCCUCCUCCUACUCCCACCUAUGGCUUCCACAUGCUGGAAAGAAGGACCAUUGUCCUUGCAGACGGCAGCGUUCGCUCCUACUUUGCUCUUCCUCCAGAUUACCAGAACCUCCCUCCGCCCGGUUUUAUUCCCCCUCGUCCGCUCCCACCCGGUGGAGAUCUCAGAUUCCCGCCCAUGAGUCCUGAAGGUUUAGGGUUCCGUGAUGGAAACCACAGUGCCGCUUUGAAGAGGAAGCACGCUGGAGGGGACGACGAGUUCAAGUUCAGCAACAACCCUAACGGGUUUCAUUCGGCUGGGGCCGGGCCAAGCAGUCCGUUUAUGAGGGGUGAUGAACUGAGGCCAGGGAAGUUUAUGAGGAUUGGUGGUGACAGCGUGGGAAUGAUCCAUAAGCACCUUGAAGUGGACCAGAACAAGCUAAAGAAGGCUUUUCUACACUUUGCUAAGGUGAUCAAUGACAGUGAAGCAGAGAGAAGGCGUUAUUUAGAGAACGGCAAGCAUGGACGGAUUCCUUGUGUCGCUUGCAACAGGUCGAAAGAUUUUCCAGAUGUGCAUGCUCUUAUAUUGCAUACAUACAACUCAGAAAAGGCUGAAUCUCAUGUGGAUCACUUGGGAUUACACAAAGCCGUGUGUGUUUUAAUGGGAUGGAACUUCACGAAGAUCCCUGAUAGCUCAAGGGCAUACCAGUUCCUACCUGCCCAUGAAUCAGCAGCAAACCAGAACGAUUUGAUUUUGUGGCCACCUUUGGUGAUUAUUCAUAACACAGUUACAGGAAAGGGUAAAGAUGGACGCUUGGAAGGUUUGGGAAACAAAGCCAUGGAUAGCAAAAUAAGAGGUCUUGGAUUUCCGGGUGGCAAGUCCAAAUCACUGUACGGAAGAGACGGUCAUCAAGGGAUGACACUUGUUAAGUAUAGCGGGGACAUGUCAGGCUUGAAGGAGGCCGUGCAGCUGUCCGAUCACUUUGCGAUGCAGAAUCAUGGGCGAAUCGCAUGGGAACAUAUACAGCCGGUGGCUUUAGGCAGAGACGACGAUGACAGGAAUCCAAACCUCGUGAAGAUUGACCAUCGCAGUGGGGACAAACAGAGGAUUCUGUACGGGUAUCUUGCCACAGCUGCUGAUCUUCACAGGGUGGAUUUCGAGACACGGAGGAAGGUAACGAUCGAGAGCCUUCGAGAAUACCAGCAAGUCAGUCAUCCUCCGCGAUAACACAAUCACCUCGAGGUAACAAAUAGCUGGACUCGAACCUCGACUCAUUGCUUUGCAACUCAAAGGCACCGGUCUGUAACCUUGUAUUGUCCAUUUGGCUCUAGAGAGAUGAGGAGGGGGAAAAAAGGCUUCGUAUUGAUCAAUUGCGAUAUCUCAUUAUCGUUGCCAGAAGUCGAGGUGGUAUUUAGGAACAACCGGAUUGCAUAGAGAGCUUCAUAUGUAUCUAUAUUCAUUUGAUAAGUGAGCCCCUCUAGUCUUUAUUUAUGCGUUCAGAAGACGAAGGCUGCAGAACGGCUGGUGCGUGGUGUCAGUCAGAUUCUUAAAUUUAUAGCUCGUUCUCUGUCUCCUUAUGAAGCCAGUUGUAACUUGUAAGUUUGUAAUAUGAAAACUGCUUCUGUUCUUUCUGGGGGAGUCCGAGAGAGGACUUGACUUACGUUAGUUUUUGUUUGUACACAGAGCAAGGGUUUCAGGUUUAGAGGUUAUAUUUGGAAGAGUAUUGGAAGUAGCCUCUGCAGCCGGCAUGGUUGCUCCUUACAUUGCACUUGCAGUGACGUUUCGAGGUUUUCGGGGCGAAAUGAAACCCUAGUGGCUAAUACGUUAACAACAUUCUGUAAGAGGUCGUAAAUCUAACAUGGCAUUACAAGAGUCAAUAUGUGAGAACGUUUUGAUGAUUGAUAAUAGCGUAUAUGUGGCUAACUUGUGAAACUUGAUCAAGUUUUAACUGAGAAUUGUCAAAUCGUAUCGGUUGGUGUAGUGGAAA